AUGGAUGGGUCAACAAGUUUCUUGCCACAGCUCGGAUUGAUGCAGCCAGCGAGAUGGGUGACAUCAAAGGAGCUGCAUCUGUUUUUGUUUAUGGUAAAUGAGACCGUGCCAGUUUGUGACAUCCAUUACUCCUCCGCGAUCCAUUCCAAUCGAGUAAUGGAUGUCACAAACUGGCACGGUCUGUAUUUGUUGGAGGACAUGCUCAGCAAAGGCUUGCAACCGAGCGUUGUCACUUUCGCCAACGUAGCAGGAGCUCACCGACAGGCUCUGCUGGAUGAGCUUGAAGGCAUCCUGUCCAGUAUGGCAGACAACGGCGUCAUUCCCAACAAGGUGUUCAUAGAAACAUUCCUGGGUGCUUUGUUUCCGGCUCGUCUCACGGCAGCCUGGACGGUGGAUGAUGUCCGUAUUCGGCUGAAGGGGACGAGCAGGCACAGGCUGAGGGUGGCAAAGUCAGUUCUGAAAGAUGCAGAGUCUCGAGGUGUCCGGCUGGCACAGCUCAGCUCCUUGACUGAGCAGUACCUACAGCAGCUGAACAUCUGA